AUGACACAGGUCGAUCCAAAUCACUUUCGAAGGUCCUUGAUCACUAUUACAAGCACCAACGUCGAUUUGGUGGACCCGUCAUACCCUACAGGCAACAUUUGCACAGGUGGAACUCUUCAGGUCAAAGGUCGUCUCAAGCAUGCGGAAUGGGAUCUUAUUCCGAGCCACUGUGCAUAUGAAUCUCAGACAUACCAGGUUACCUGCGAAGGUUUCCUCGCAUCUCGCCACAGUUUGACGGAUAAAACGGAAAAGCCCGACUUAUGGACAGAUGUCGACACUUUGAGUCCAGGGUUGAACAAGCUGAAAAUUAGUCUGUUGCCCAUUGCAGUCUUCAUUGAGCGUCAAGAUGAUCCCGAAACGCCCGCCCCUGUCUUCGUGGAAGGUCUGGUGUUGACCCUGAAGGACCCAGCUGCACGAAAAUACGAGCGUGUAGGACGCUUCAGUGCAGCUGAAAGACUGGCAGCAUAUUUAUUCUUGGAUGGAUUGCCGAAAGAGAAGACCAAGACCUCUUCUGAACAUCAUCAGAAACGAAUAUGGGAAUAUCGUGGUAAAGUUGAAGGAUUCUCAUUUCAGGGAACGCGGAAAUGGACCAGAAUACCCGAAAGCGACAUCGUCAUCGUCUGA